AUGGAGCCCUUGACGGCUUCCAGCUCUUCUGCGUCAGACAAAUGUGGUUCAGAUGCUGCCACACCAGCUACGUCGUCCUCUAGCUCGCGUGUCGAGUCUCCUGAGCGCAAGGCUGACGACGUCGUGACACGACACACUCGCUCUGAUACAGUCACUGCUGUACCAUCCACGCCGUCUGUGAAGAGCAUCUGCUUUGUUGGUGCAGGGUUCGUUGGAGGUCCAACCGCAGCAUUGAUUGCAUACCACAACCCGCAUAUCACAGUCAACGUAGUCGAUCUCAACGCCCAGCGCAUCGCAGCAUGGAACUCGAAUCACCUGCCCAUUCACGAGAACGGCCUUCCAAAGAUUGUCCGUAUUGCUCGCGACGGGACCAAGGCCACCACAGUGACUUUGCCUGCGCCCGAGUCGAGGAACUCGAUUCACAUCCUCGCCAGGAAACCCAACCUGUUCUUCUCAUGCAAUGUCAAUACUUGUAUCAGCGAGGCAGACAUCAUCUUCAUCUGCGUCAACACACCAACCAAGAUGUAUGGUGUCGGUGCUGGCGCCAGCGCUGACCUCUGUGCUCUCGAAGCGGCCACGAGGACCAUCGCGACGCACGCCAGGGACGGCGCCGUGGUCGUUGAGAAGAGCACAGUGCCGUGUGGAACGGCAACGAUCAUCUCAAACAUUCUCCGUCAGCACCGUCCCGACGCAUCCUUCGAGGUCCUCUCCAACCCAGAAUUCCUCGCCGAGGGCUCCGCCGUCGCCAACCUCACCAACCCCGACCGCAUCCUCAUCGGCAGCCAGCCCAACAACCCUUCAGGCCGCCAGGCCGCCGCGUCCCUGCAGGCCAUCUACGCGUCCUGGAUCCCCACGGACCGCAUCCUGACCGUCAACACCUUCUCGUCUGAGCUGGCCAAGCUCGUCGCCAACGCGAUGCUGGCGCAGCGCAUCAGCAGCAUCAACGCCGUCAGCGCGCUGUGCGAGGAGCUCGGCGCCGAUGUGGACGAGGUCAGCCGCGCGCUCGGGGCGGACGCGAGGAUCGGGCCCAGAUUCCUGCAUGCCGGUGUUGGGUUCGGCGGGAGCUGUUUUGAGAAGGAUAUCCUGAACCUUGCGUACCUGGCGCGCUGUCUGCACCUGGACGAGGUGGCUGAGUACUGGACCAGCGUGCUGGCGAUCAACAAGUACCAGCGGGAGAGGUUUGCCAGUGCGGUGAUCGGUAGACUGAACGGGACCUUGCGGGGCAAGAAGGUGGCCGUGUUUGGAUUUGCUUUCAAGGAUGGCACGAAUGACACGCGCAACAGUGUUGCCGUGCAUGUCAUUGAGAAGCUGGUGGCUGAGCUGCCGCGAGAGGUGGCUAUCUUCGACCCAGGCUGUGUUCCGGACGAGAUCAAAGAGGAGAUGAAGCGGGCCAUGGAGGACAAGUCUGAGACGGCUCGCAUGAAAGUCACGAAUGGAUGGAGGGAGGCAGUCGACGGCGCCUCAGCUGUCUGCAUCCUGACGCAGUGGGAUCAAUUCCGCGGCCCACGUGCAUCAGCCAUCGCUUCCAAGAACCACACUGCGUUAAUCCCCCACAACGACAACUAUUUUUCAAGCCUCUUUUGCGAGGCGUCCAGCAAAGAGUACAGUGAGGUGGACAUCAGCGUUCUCGAGCAGGAGGUGGCCAACAGCCGCGCGGCUGGCACGGCACACUCCGAUGACCCAUUGGAACGCCUGCUGCCCUUGGAUGCAUGCAAAUCAGGCUGUCCACACUGCCAGAGAACGCUGGAAUUGUCUGGCAACGAUGAUUUCGUUGAUUGGGAGGCUGUCUCGGCCAUGAUGGAAGACCACAGCUGGAUCUUUGACGGCCGCAAUGUAGUCGAUGGCCAGUACCUUAGAUCACUUGGUUUCCAAGUUCACAGCAUCGGUAAAGGGCUAUGA